UCGAAAACAGGGCGUCAAGCCUCAAAACCUCAUUGUAAAACUGGUUUGCUUCUAUCUUCUUCCACUUCACCUUUUGAAUCUCUUUUCUCGAUCGCUUUCCGAGCAAAAAAGUGGGGUCAGAUUCUUCGUGGGUUCGCUUUAAAUCCCAAAGAAGUUUGUUGGGUUUUGAUUGGAAAACCAGAAGAGAAAGAGAAGAAAAACCAGAGUAAAAAAAAAAAAGAAAACAAUGGCGAUGCCAUGGGGGAUGACUCUGUGGAUGGCGAGGAUGGUUUGGUUGGCUCUCAGCGGCUGGGUCUCCUCUUGCCUGAUCGUCGCCGACGAGGUCGCCGCUUCUCUCCGGACCGGCGAUAUUGGCCCUUUUCAUGUUGGCUGAUAUUCAUGGUCGGGAGAGGCUAAAAGUAACAGAAAAAGAAAGGUGAGCAGAGUCUAUGACCUGCAAAUCUUUCCCUAAUUUUAAGUUUGUGAUUGUUCCUAGUUGAAUUGUUAACAUGGAAAUUUGGUUUGUGUUUUCUCAAUUAGGUAGUCUGAAAUCAUACUUGUAAAGUUGGCCAUAUCUUGUACAGUUCAGCUUGUGACAAAUGUUGUAAUGUUAUUCUACUGGUGUGUUGCAUUUGACUGGCCGUUGUCUUGGCCAACAAGGCUUAACGUCCCCAUAUACUGUCAAAGUUUGAAUGUCAAUUGCCAAAUAAAAUGUAAAAAAUAGUGAAUUACAGGUUAGGUUCA